AUGGCAACUGCUCUUAUUGGAAUUUCUGUCACGGUUACGCUCCAGAACCCGCCGAACACCGUGGUUGAGGGCCUAGUCGCACAUGUCAACGCGCAAACGUCAACGUUGACGCUGCAAAAUGUGUUCUUCCCAGCUUCAGGCCAUCGUCUGAGCAGUUACCACGUAGAGGGGCACGCGAUAGCCGACAUCAAAGUCAACCACGCUGCGACGGCUCAGCCGCAACCUCAACCUCAACACCACAACCCUCCACCGCCGAUCCAACACCAGCCUUCGUUUCCUCAGUAUCCCCAGCAUGUCGCUCCCCCGGCGCCUCCCGCUGCGCGCCCAGCCCCACAACCCUUCGUGGACCCCGCCAUCCUCAGCAUGGGGAAAAGAACCUCUACGGCUCAGACACCCACGCAGCCGCCGUUGGGUCCCCCUCAAGAAGCGCCUGCAACGCCAAUGAAGCCUAUACCAGCAGCUAGCUUUCCACCCUUGCCCAACAAUACGUCGCCGUUUGUUGGCAAUGCGAAACAACGUAGCGUCAGAAAGCCGAGCGCGGCGACGCUGGAAGGUCCAUUCUCGUCGCUAGACAUUGCGGAUGCGGAAGAGCAGGAUAGCGACGGCAAGACAGUAAAGACUUCGCUGCGCAGGGCGAGCAUCAAUAAGACGCGCAGUGGGAAGCCGAUGGACGAACCGGUCGCGCAGCUAGGGGCUAGGAAUGAGGAGAAUGGCAAGCGUACAAGGCGCGGUGGCAAGUCUCGCAAAAAGGAGGUUGCUGCGCAGGAGAAACGCAACGGAAAUGAUAUCUCGUCUCCAGACGCUGCACGCAAGACCAAGGACAAUGGCUGGAGGAACACACCAAUGCUACAAGAUCCUGAUUCGCAGGCAAGGACCCCAGGAGUCAUCGGAGGUAGCGUUGGGAUGCAAGCAGCAAAUGCGUCAAACCGCAAGACGCGUCGACAAAAAGCGAUGGAUGCGACGAACGGCUGGGCUACCGAAGAUGCAACCGACGUUCAAGAGCUUCCUGAGUUCGACUUCGCCGCCAACCUUUCCAAGUUCGACAAGCGUACGGUGUUUGACCAGAUUAGAAAUGAGGACACAACAGCCGACGAGGAUCGCUUGGUAAGCUUCAACCGCUUAGCUAGGCCUGGUACACAUGGCGGGAAAAACUUGCACCCUACGGAAAAUGUGCUGGAUGGUCGCAAGCUGAGGAGUGCUUCGAAUUCCGAUUCGGAUGAAGAGGUAUCAGACUUUGGCAGCGGACGCAACUCCAGAAGAGCUAUGUCACGGGCUUCUAUAAAGCGGAUACCUACGCGGCAAGGAAGCGGUGUUCAGGCAGAUUUUGAUACGCAAAGUCAUGUCGGAGCACCGAUUCUGAUGACACGUGCUGGUAAUCGCUCGUUCAUCAAUCGACCUAUUCAAUACGCCUCCUCGUCACAUGCCACAGGAAGCCCCAAACCAGGCCGGAUAACUACGCCUCCAGACUCACCGCUUCUCGAUUCGACGUCGAAAAGCUGUCUACGCCUCGCCAAUACCAACCGCAAAUGCAACACUAUUACCCCUGGCGGUAUGCUCGCCGUUGAAGAGAUAGCUGAGGUUGACUACGGUCUUACCGAAGAGAUCAUGGCCGAGAACGCAGGCCGCGGCAUCGCUGAAGUAGCACUCUCAGCGAUCAACCCAGGAGGCCGUCGCCUCGCUCGCGACAACCCCAAUGCGCGCCCGGUCAUCGUCGUCCUCGCUGGUAACCACCGCGGUGGCGCUCGAGCUAUUGCUGCCGCACGCCACUUGCACGCUCGAGGUCCCAAAGUCAUGGUCGCACUUCUGGGCUUCGAGCGCAACGCUGAUUGGGAUCGUGAUGUCAGGAAACAGGUGGACCUGUUCAAGAAAUUCGGUGGCAGUGUACGUGCAUGGCUGGACACUGAAGAUGCUCUGAAGAGACUGCAGGCACCGCCGGAGCUCAUCAUCGACGCGCUGCUCGGCCGUCACCGCGAGUUCGACGCGCUGGGCGACGAAGACCGGCGCACUGUGCUCUCUAUCGUUGGAUGGGCGAACAAGUCCCGCGCUGCCUGCCUCGCCGUCGAGUCGCCUUCUGGCGUUGGUGGCAGUACGGGCGAGGUCGCAAUUCUGGAAGGCGAACCGCUGGAGGUGCGUGCCAAGUACAUUGUUUGUCUCGGUGCGCCGCGGUCGGGCUUGCUCAAGGCGCUGCAGAAUGGGGCAGGCAGGGAUCCGCGGUGGGCCAUUUGGGUGGUAGAUAUUGGGGUCAAUCGACCGUGGAGAAAUGCGGGUGUGGGGGGGGGCAAAGGAAUCAAAUUUGGGGAGGACUGGGCUGUACAGGUGGAGUUUGUGGAGGGAUGA